AUGAUUGAAAAGCUCGAACGGUUCAUCAAACGGGCUGAAGAGGAUGAAUUAGACAAGGAAAUGAGACCGGAAGCAGUCUUUGCUUUGACUGCAGCUGUCAAGGCCGUAGGUCACAACUACUCGUCCCUGGAAGAAUGCCUAAUGGGAGUCGAAGUCUACUCCGAAGCCGAAGCCUUGUAUUUUGAAGAAGAAGAUGAAUUUCCCUUGAAAUAUAUUGCGGCUCUCAAGGGAGUCGCGCUCUUAUCAGAAGAAUCCGAAGUUGGUGGGUUUGACCUUGCGGACUUGCCAGGACCUCCUCUGAUGGAAAUGGAAAUGGAUACGGUCUCGUAUCGAAAGAAAAAGAUUGAAAGAGAAGUCAAGGAAUUCGUCAAGCAGGCUGAAGAACAAGAGCUUGACAAGGAAAUGCGAGACGAAGGUGUUAAGGCCCUUCACAUUGCGGCGGAAAAGCUUGCCUACAAGAUGAAGGCUUACGAUGAUGACAAGAAGAAGCAUGUUCCCUUUCCAUCCCUUGCUGCUCUUUUAGUGGGACAGGAGAUUUAUGAGAUUGCUGAAAAGCACUACUACGACCCCGAGGAUGAAUAUCCACUCAAGUAUAUCAGUGCACUUCGAGAAGUUGGAAUGAUAGCUGGUGGAUACGAUGAAGACGUGGACGAAAUGGAAAGCAGAGGACAGAAUAUUGAUAGCGAUGACGAAGUUUUUCAGCCACCAAAGCCAAAAAAGGAAAGGGGCCGAGCAGGAGGAAGUGCUGGGAGAAAGACACGGAUCGAAAAGGAGGUUCGGGAAUAUGUCAAGCAAGCCGAAUCCCAAGAACUUGAUAAAGAAAUGAGAGAAGAAGGUGUCAUGGCUGUCAUCAAAGCUGCUAACAAGAUGGCAUACAAGAAGAAGUGGCGUGAUGAAGUUCAGGCCAUGUGGGUGGUCUUUCCAUCUGUCAAAGGCCUUCUUGUUCACACGGAAAUCUAUGAAGAAGCAGAAAAAUAUUACUACGAUCCGGAUGAUGAAUUUCCCCUGAAAUAUAUUUCUGCUCUCAAAGAAGUUGCAAUUCUUGAUGGUGGGUUUGAUGAAGAUAUUGAAGAAAUGGAAGAAGACGCAAUUGACAUCGGCAGUGAUGACGAGGAGUUCAGUUCCAAAAAAAAGAUCCGGAGUGUCAAGGAACGCAUGAGUAUGUUCGAGGCGCCGAAAACUCCCAGAAAGGAUGUCUCCAUCAGUCCCGUGGUCGGUCGAAAACGAUUUGACAACCGUGCCUUCAAUCAGCGCAUGUCCAUGUACACCACAAGAGACACUGAGAGAGAACAGCAACGCAAGAAAUUGUUGGAAUUGAAGAUCCACAACAAGAAGGGUGUCGAAAACGUCGAGAAAGGAAAGGUUGGAAUGGUCUCGGAUCAAUUUAAUAUUCAAAUGCAAGAAAACGAAGAGAAAUUCGCAGAGCUCAUCGAGGAGAUUCAAGAAAAGAGGAAGCGAUUGCGAGAGCAGAAGAAUAAGAUUCGCGAAGACAAGAAGUGGACUCACAAAAAGGCAGAAGUAUACAAACAGACCCGCUCCACCAAUAAAAAGAGAAUUAUAUCUGGGGAAGAUGGAGGUGGUGAUAUUUGGUCCAACGUCAGAGCCCAAAAGAUGGAUAUCGAUCACACGACCUGGAAAGCUCCUAUGAACCUACCCGAGCCGACGCAACAGGAAGAGGCUUUGAUCUCUGGUGCAAUGGACGAGUCUGUCCUGUUUCAUCCACAUCGAGAUGUUGGCGAAACUCGGAAGGCGCUUGUUCAUGCCUUCGAGAAGGUCGAAGUAACGAAAGGCAUGGAACUCAAUGAAGGGGCCAAUGACAACUUCUUUUAUGUUGUCCAAGAAGGUAGCGUUGACAUUAGCAUGAACGGCAAAAUCGUUGGAUCUGCAAAGAAGGGAGAACACUUUGGAGAACUGAACUUGUUGUAUGCCAGCGAUCCAUCGCAACCUCGUCAAAAGUUCAAUCUUGUCGCAACCGAAUCGUCUUCAUUGAUGCGAUUGAACCAAGCUGUGUUCCGUGAGGUGCUUCAAGUGCAGACCAAGCGCGAAGAAGACGUGAAGCGAGCUUAUCUCAGAAAGGUUCCAUUCCUCAGAAAUCUAUUGUUUGACGGGGAAGUGGAAAAGAACAAGCAAACAACUACUCGGCUUGUUUCAAUCAUGUACGGCAAGACCUUCAAGAAAAAUGAGAAGAUUGUAGCCGAUGGCGCGAAGCCGGAGGACUCGCUCUUUAUCAUCAAGGAAGGAACCAUUCAACUAACUUCCGACAAGAACGACGUCUUCCAUUUGGCCGCUGGUAGUUACAUUGGGAAACGCGCUUUGAUGGGCACAAAGGGGAAGGAGCCAAAUGUGAAAGACUUGAAAGGUCUUUCAGAUGGUUCUCUCUUCCAGAUCGACAAGGAGGAAGUGAACAGGGUCUUGGGAGAGAACUUUUUCUCGCGCCAAUUUGAUGUUGCCCAAGACAAGAAGAAAUUGGAGGGCUUCCAAUGUAUCAAGAGUGUCAAUUUGGACCCAGCCAUGAUGCAUAAUAUUGCAGAGAAUAUCGAAGAUGAAACAUUCGACAAGGGAAUGCAAAUCUUAGAAGAAGGAGCUGAUACAGAACCUUGUUUGUACCUCGUCCGUGAAGGUUUCGUUGUACUCUCGACAAGCAAAGGAGAUUUCAAGCAGAAAGUCGGACCUGGGGGUUACUUUGGUGUGGAACAACUUCUUGUUCCGAAGGAUAAAUCGAAACCAAAUCAAGCCACGGAGAAGGUUUUGGUUCCAGCACAAUGGUCUGUACAGGUCACUGGUGACGUCCCUUGUAUUUGUGGAGUACUUCCACUGCAGGAUGUUCAAGAUGUCUUGGAUGGAGACGGUGACCUCAGAAGUAAAUUCGAUGGCUCUGGAGUUGAUUUGGUGCUACAACCCGAUGGAUCAGCAGCGCCUGCGGAGACGAAAACAAAGACACCCGCUAGAGCCGCCAGCAUGCGAACACCAAAGAUUAAGAGCGCUGCUGAUACCCCUGUGGGACUAAAGAUCGUGAAGGAACGAUUGCGACAACGAGAGAUUGUAAAGAAAAGGGCCCCUGUGUUGGAUAAUCUUGAGAUGCUUUCUGUGCUGGGUGAUGGUGAAUUCGGGGAAGUCUGGCUUGUCAAGGCUGCCGAAUACAAAUAUGCCCUAAAAAUGCAGAAGAAGGAAGAUGAAGAUGUUAUCGAGUCUAUUGAAAGAGAGGUCGCUGUGACCCAAGAGCUAUGCCAUCCCAAUGUUGUUAACUUGGUGACAACGUAUGAUACGCCUGAUAAGGUGUACAUGCUCCUUGGAUUGGUUCCUGGUGGAGAGUUAUGGGAACUAAUCUAUCGGGAAGAUGAUGACGGAAACUGGAAGUCUGGGCUUCCUGAGUUCAACUCGAAAUUUUACGGUUUGGUUGUUGCGGAUACCUUGGCAUGGCUUCACAUGAAUAAGUAUUUGUUCCGUGAUUUGAAACCAGAGAAUGUCAUGAUAGAUGGGGAUGGCUAUCCAGUCGUUGUUGAUUUUGGUUUUGCCAAAAGAAUAGAAGGCGGUCUUACAUUUACGUUCUGUGGAACUCCAAACUACGUAGCACCGGAGAUUGUGCAGAAUCAGGGGCACGAUGCCGGAGUUGACCACUGGGCACUUGGAGUGCUGAUAUACGAAAUGCUUUCUGGGGAACAUCCAUUCUUUUACGAAGGCAUGCAUCAGAUGGAAGUCUUUGAAGCCAUUUGUCAAAACAAGCACUAUGCGUUACAAACCAAGGGUAUCGAUCCAUCUGCCCACAAGCUCAUCGAUGGUUUGCUGGAGAAGGACCGCAACCAGAGACUUGGUAUGCUGGCAGGAAAGGGUGACGAUAUUCUAGGUCACGAUUGGUUCAAGGAAAUCGAUCUACUACAGCUGCGAAACCGGAAGAUCGCUGCUCCUUGGAAACCGGAAAAGAAAUAG